AAAAGGAGUCAAAAUGACAGGUGAUUGACAGAAGUGAACACCAAGGAAAUCCCUUUUUAGGUAAACAAAAUUUCGUUUCCCAACCAAAACCUGAAAUAGGCAAAUAAAUUUGCCUCAAAAAGUUCACUCUUUUAUACCUACCUCGUUUUAACAAGGUUAAUCAUUUAGUUAGUUGAAUGCCAAAUAUCGAGCGGUGAAUCAUCACAUCACAUCAUCUACUGUAUUUACGCAUAGACAGGCUAAGUUGAGCAGCUACAAUGGAGUGGCUGUUCGGGCACCGCAUGACGCCGGAGGAGAUGCUGCGCAAGAACCAGCGCGCGCUGAACAAGGCGGUGCGCGACCUGGAGCGCGAGCGCGCCAAGAUGGAGCAGCAGGAAAAGAAACUCAUCAACGAUAUAAAGAAGUUGGCCAAAGAAGGGCAGAUGGAUGCAGUAAAGAUAAUGGCGAAGGACCUGGUGCGCACACGGCGCUACGUGCGCAAGUUCAUGCUAAUGAAGGCCAACAUCCAGGCUGUCGGCCUCAAGAUCCAGACCCUCAAGUCACAGAGCACCAUGGCGCAGGCCAUGCGCGGCGUCACGCGCGCCAUGGCCACCAUGAACAGGCAGUUGAACAUGCCACAGAUACAGAAGAUUCUGCAGGAGUUUGAGAAGCAGUCAGAGAUCAUGGACAUGAAGGAGGAGAUGAUGAACGACUCCAUCGAUGAAGCCAUGGAGGGAGACGAGGAUGAAGAGGAGAGUGACGCGGUGGUCGGACAGAUCCUGGACGAGCUGGGGCUGCAGCUCAACGACACGCUGUCCGGUCUGCCGCAGGCGACGGGCUCGCUAUCGAUAUCUGCGAAGACACCCGCGACGCCGCAAGCGGUGGCGGGCGGGUCGGGGGCGGGGGCGGGGGGCGCGGCGGGGGCGGGGGCGGGGGGCGCGGGGGGCGGCGCCCCGGACGCCGACGCCGAGCUGCAGGCGCGCCUCGACAACCUGCGCCGCGAGUAGACACGCGCGCGCCGCUGCUAGCACUACACUACGAGAGCGACGCCACCAGCGCCACAGAGAUACUAUCAUGCUAACUGUACACAGGGUCAGUGAUCCCAGUGGGGCAGUGAGAAGAAAUCUGACACUAUAAAUAUUACGAUCAUUACAACAGCUUAAAGUUAAACAGUUAAAUAAUAUGACUAUUUUAGAAAUAAGAACUAAUUCGUAUCGAACCAUAUCGGUGGUUGUUUACGUUCGGAGCCUCCUCUUUUUUUAUUCUAUCAAAUUAUACAUGCGGAUAGCUACAAAAACAGAUCGAUUUGCUUCCUAAUUUCGCUGUCUAGUCUCCCUGCCCACUUCGAAUUGCUAACUCUGUAGUAACAUUUCGUAUGGUCUUUCAAAAAAUCGCUUUAGCUUCGCACGAAUUGUACUCGUGUGUGCUCGGUAGAUUCAGUCGGAUUUUUAAUUCCGAUCUAAAACUAUAAUCAAAAACAAACAGCUGAGCGAACAAUAUUGAAAAAUAUCUUAAAAUUAUUCUGUUACAAAGAGACAGAAUAUUUUGAUAAGGGUUCUCACUUACAGAUAACUAUAAUAAUUGACGUGUUUGAUGACGCGCACAGUUCAUUCUAUUGUAAAUAUGUUGCAAAUAUAAAGUUUGAAAUACAAUAAUCAAUAUUAAAAAUCCGUCUAUACAUUUAAAGUGAUACAAAUUUUCACGUGAAAUACAAUAAUAAAUAAUAUGACAUGUAUACUAACAGAGAUUCGUUUACAGUCAGUAACUGCAUCAUCUGUUACAUCGUGUAAAAAAAUACAGAAUAAUUUUACUUUCUAGGGAUCUGAUAAUCAUGUUACCCCAUAAAUAGGAAGUUCCCUUAGGACAGGGGUCCAAACUACGGCCCGCGGUCUGAAUAUGGCCCACGAUCCUACCUAUCCGGCCGCGAGAUAAUCCAAAUUCCGUACCACUUGGCCCCGGCCCGCGGGUCAAGCAGCUUGGGGGCCCUCGACUAAGAGGACCUGAAGAGCCUCAACCAAUAGCAAUCAAUUAAGCUAGCAACUCUGUAUAAUGGUACCGCCCACAGCGGGACGUCUAAGGAACGCAAUGUUGUUAUUAUAAUAAUUAAGUUUAUCUACAUUUUAAUAAAUAUUUUUUUAUUGAA